AUGGACGCAGGAAUUGUGCAGACGCUCCUCGCCAGCCAGCAGCUGACGACCACCAAUGAGCAGAGGGUGGCCGCAACUCGGUUGUUUGAACAGCUCAAGGCGGGCGAGGUGCAUGCCAGCGCGGCGGUUGCCACCGAGCUGCUCAAGGCCCACCAGCCGCCAGAGCUGCAAGUGCUGGGCUACACCCUGCUGCAGCACCUGGUGGGCAACCGCUGGGAGGAGUUCAGCGCAGAGGAGCACAGCCAGCUGGGCACCCUGGCUUACAACAUGCUGCAGCAAGGCACGCCUGGCCGCUUGCCUGCAGUCCUGCCCAGCAGCGCGACUGCAGCCUGCCCGCUAUGGCGCAACCUGCUUGGCGUGUGCGCCGCUAGCUGGGCCAUCCGCAGCAAGGCCUCGCUGCUGCUGGCGCUGGUGAUCAAGCGCACGGGGCACGAGCUGUGGGAGGCGGCGCUGCCGCAGCUGCUGCAGGCAGCUGCCUCAGAGGGGCCAGCCAUGCAGGAGCAGGUGUGCAUGGUGCUGCGGUACGUGGCUGACGAGAUCACGCUGUACAGCGACGACAUCGCGGGCGACGCCAAGCGCCUGCUGCUGUCCAGCCUGACCAAGUCGCUGGGCGAGGUGCUGCCCUUCCUGGAGCGCAUGCUGGAACUCAACUUUGGGGCGGCGGGCGCGGCGGCGCAGGCGGGCAACCGCGAGGCGGCCCAGCAGCACGUGCUCGUCAUCCAGGCCGCGCUGCAGGCAGCCAACACAUACUCGGAGUGGGUGCCCGUGGGGCGGCUUAAGGAUGCGGGGCUGAUUGCCGCCUGCGGCUACAUGCUGAGCACGACCGAGUUCCGGGAGGCGGCCUGCGACGUGAUGCGCCAGGUGGCAGGCCGCAGGCAGAGCGACGAGGCGCCGGAGGUGUUCAAGGCGGUGUUGGAGCAGGCGGAGCUUGGCUAUGAAGGCCAGCACGACGAGUUUGGCCAGACUCUCUGCGAGACGAUGGCCACCCUGGGCACCUACCAGCUGUCCGCCAUCGCUAGCCCCGACAAGAAGCUGGCCUUCCUGCAGCACAUGCUCAGCUUCGCGCAGCACCCCUACCUGCUCCUGGCCGACAAGGCCCUCCCCAUGUGGGUCAAGCUGCUGCAAGACGCGGCGCAGUCAGUCAGCAACGCGGCGGCGGCGGCCGCGUCUGCCGCGGGCAGUGGAGGAGCAGGAGGAGGCGGGGGCGCCAGCUCGCCACGGCAGGCCACCGUGGCGCUGCCGCCAGAGUGCAUCUUGGCGCUGAUGGACAUGGCGGCCGACCAGCUGCAGAAGCGCGGCGCGCACGUUCCCACCGAGGACGAUGAGUUCCCUUCCUACUUUGACACCUUUGCGGAUUACAAGGAGAUGAUGGUGCAGUACCGCGUCAAGGUGGAGGAGGCGCGGGGCCUGCUGGAGUCUGCGGUGCACUUUGCCGAGAGCGCCUUCAAAGCCGUGUGGGACGGCAGCAUCCAGGAGCAGCCCGCCAAGCUGCAAGCCGUGGUGGGCGCCAUGGAGCCGAUGCUGCAGCGGCUGCUGAGCCUGCAAGUGCGGGACGCCAUUCUGAUGCAGCACCAGGCCCGCGGCCUGGAGACCUUCCAUCGGCUGUUUGGCGUGCGCCCAGACCUGGCCGGACCCGCCGUGGGCAGGGUGUUUGACUUGCUGGUCAACAACCUGCCCCUAGAUGCGGCGGGCCAGGAGCCGCCACCCGCCAAGCCGCCGCCCGGCUGGCGCGACGGCAUGCACGCGCGCCAGUACACCGCCAUGGUGCUGCUGGUGUGGACCAAGGCCUCCCCUCAGGCCUUCCUGCCGCACCUGGAGGCGCUGGCCACGCAAGUGGGGGAGCUGUGGGAGCAGGGGCGCAUCCGGGCAGGCGAGAAGAACGCGCUGCAGGAGGCGAUAGUGGGCGCCGCGCGGGCGGGCCCGGAGCAGCUGCAGGCGUCUGUGCUGGAAUGGGUGCUGGCGCCGGUGCGAGGCGAGUGGGCCACGCCCGCCUGGCAGGCCCACCUGGCCUCCCCGCAGGCCUUCAUGCUGCACUACACGCCGGUGGUGCCCGACGGCGCGGGCGGCUGGCAGGUGGGCGGCCGCUCGGAGCGCUGGAUCCUGUACCACCACGCACACCUGGCGGAGCGCUGCAUACGCAGCAUGAAGGCGGCGGCGGGCGCGGUCACCCAUCCGCUAGCGCAGCACGCAGAGUGGGCGGUACCCAACAUGCUCCGCAUCGUUGCUUGCCUGCAUGCGCUGUACACGCCCGCGGGGCGAGCCGCCAUGGGCCCCGCCGCCACCGCGCUGGAGAUGGCGCCGCAGGAGCGGGCGCUGUACCUGCGGCGCGGGCCCGCGGGCAAGCCGGCCGUCAGGCCCGCCGACGCGCCCGACGGGGAGACAUGGGACGACGGGUACUCUAGCGUGGGGGGCGCCUCCCCCGCUGCGCUGCGCGCCUGGCUGCGUCACAUGCGGGAGUUCACUUACCAGUCAAUGGGCCUGCUGCCCACUCACUGCCCUCCUGCCAUGGACUCCGCCGCCAUCCAGGCAGCCUACGUGCAGUCUGCCUUUGCCUACAUAGAGUCUCUGGAGCACCAGCACGUGCGCAUCAUCAUGCGGCACAUCCUGAUCCCGCACAUCAAGAACUGCGCAGACCGCCACCUGCGCCCCUGGGUGCUGCCGGCGCUGGCCAUCCUGGUGCCGCACAUGCACAGCCGGCUGACGAGCGCAUGGGGCAGCCUGCAGGCGCCGGCAGGCCCCAGCAGUACGGAGGACUCAGCCUCCGCCAACGACGAGAUCAUUCGGGAGCGGCUGCUGCGGGAGCUCACCCAGGAGUAUGCCUUGCUGCUCAAGGAGCUCACCACACGCACCGUAGGCGGCCCCGGCCCCGGCAGCGGCGCCCCCGGCGCCAGCGGCAGCCCGCCGGGCGCGGCCCCCGGCGGCGGCGGCACCGGCGGCGGCAAGGCGGCGCUGGAGUGGCUGCUCGAGGCCGACCCCGGCACCGGCUUUGGCGCGGUCACGACGGCGGUGGCGGGCAUGUGCUGGCGUGACGACUCGGCCCACCGCUUUGCGCUGCUGGCUCGCAGCCUGGUGGGCAUGGCGCCGCGGGACGCCCGCCUCUACGCCUACGUCGGCAGCGAGGUGCUCAAGGCCGCCAUCACCAGCCUGGGGACAGAGACGAUGGCCACCCACCAGGCGGAUGUGAUGCAGCUGAUCCGCGACAUCCUGGCGCAGCAGAUCAACGACCCUGGCUCUGCCGUGCACGGCGUGCUGGCGUCGCUGCCCAAGAUGACGCCCGCGGACCUGGACCGCUUCCGCUCCUCCCUGCUCGCCACCGGCAGCGAGAAGGCGCAGCGCGACUUGACCAAAAAGAUGCUGGUGGCGGCCUGCGGCAAGGGCUCGCUGGCGGCUCUGGCAGACUGGAAGCCGCCCACGGUGGCAUCGAUGACGGAGCCCAAGCUUCGGGCGGUCAAGGCGGCGGGCGGCGCAGCGGAGGAGCACGCUGAGGCGUUCACGGCGGCAGCGGUGUCCACGCUGUUCGACCGAUAG